AACUUUUGCUUUUUUUUAAUUAACACAAGGAGUUGUGAAAAUGUUAUUGCUCAAGGAUGAGUCCUUCGCUGGGUUGCCAAUCAGAGGAUAAUGAGUCAGAGCAGAGAUAAGUUUUCAACUUCUAUAUAAACUGAGGAUGGUUGAAACCCAGAAACAUUCAAAGGGAAUAAAUAUUUUAUAGAACUGGAAGUAUCUACAGUGAUUUUAACUAUGACAGGUCUCUCCGUUUGGGUGUUCCUGCUUCUCACCUGCAACUUUUCUGCUUUGGCCAUUCCAGUGAAUUCACCAAUCAGUAAUGCUGACAUGAAUUUAAUGAAGAAAUACUUAAAAAACUUCUACCAAUCCAACGAUGAGAGAAACCCUAAGAUCCGUAUGGAUGAAAAUGAAAUAUUGACUAAAAAUCUCAAAAAAAUGCAAGAAUUUUUUGGCCUGAAUGUGACUGGAAAGGCUGACCUGAAAACUUUGGCAGUGAUGAAGAAGCCUAGGUGUGGCGUACCUGACUUGGGGUCAUUUGUUCUUACAGAAGGCAAUCCUAAAUGGGAAAAAAACAGUAUUACCUACAGGAUUGUAAGCUACACUUCAGAUAUGCAUCCAUCUCAUACAGAUGAAGCCAUCAGAAAAGCAUUUGAAGUCUGGAGCAAUGUGUCACCUUUGACUUUCACAAGAAUCUAUGAUGGUGAAGCAGAUAUCAUGAUUUCUUUCCACACCAGAGACCAUGGUGAUAAUUCUCCUUUUGAUGGUCCCGAUGGAAUCCUGGCACAUGCUUUUCAACCAGGAAAAAAUAUUGGGGGAGAUGCUCAUUUUGAUGAAGAAGAAUUUUGGACAAAAGAUGGCCCAAGAGGCCGCAACCUGUUUCUUGUUGCUGCUCAUGAGUUUGGCCAUUCGUUGGGUCUGUCUCAUUCCAUGGAUGUUGGGGCCUUGAUGUAUCCUACCUACUCCUACACAGCGCCAGAAUUAUUUCGUCUUCCGCAGGAUGAUAUCAAUGGCAUUCAAGCAAUCUAUGGAAAAACAGACAGCCCAAUACAGCCAACAGGACCCUCUACACCAGACGUGUGUUCUGCUAAGACUACUUUUGAUGCUGUUACCACCAUGCGUGGAGAAUAUUUGUUUUUUAAAGACAGGCAUUUCUGGCGUAAACAUCCUCAGGUGUCCUAUGUGGAUCUGUAUUUCAUUUCUCUUUUCUGGCCAACUCUACCUUCCAAUAUCGACGCUGCUUAUGAGAACUUUGUGCAAGAUAACAUAUUCCUUUUUAAAGGAAACAGAUAUUGGGUUCUAAGUGGAUAUGAUGUAAUUGCCCAGGCUCAAAGCAUUUACAGAUUGGGAUUACCAAGAAAUGUGAAGAAAAUUGAUGCUGUAUUCAGUGAUCCAGAAGCUGGAAAGACCUAUUUUUUCAUUGGGAAUAAGUAUUGGAGAUACAAUGAAAUGGAAAAAAGCAUGGAAAAAGGAUACCCCAGAAAUAUAGCCCAAGAUUUUAAAGGGAUUAAACCCAGAAUUGAUGCUGCUUUGUACAACAAUGGAUAUAUCUAUUUUUUCCGAGGAACAAAAGUGUUUCAGUUUGACCCUAAAGACCAAAGAAUUGUUCGGCCUAUUCGAAGAAGCAAUUCUUGGCUGAAUUGUUAAAUCAUUUAAUCAACGCUACCUAUUGGUUAUAACUAAUUCUGACAACACAGAAUUCAACAAGCUUAACUGAGAAUGCAGUAAUAACCUGUGGUUUUGUUUUUCAUGUAAAUGUAAAGCAAGUUUAAGCUGAUUAACUGUAUUAAAUUCUAAUACGUAGAUAUAAUAUAUUCUACUCUCCGAUAAACUAUUUAUUGUGAA